AUGAAGCUCCUUACCAAAGAAGAAGAAGAUGCUCACUACAAUGUUGUCGUCAAGGGUGGCGCCAUUGGCGGUUUGGCCGGUCUUGCUGCCGGUGCAGCUGGAGUGGCUCUAGCAGGUCGGAGAUUCUCCACCGUCCGUCAUCUGACUCUUCCCAUGAAGAGUUUCCUCGUGACCUCAUCCGGUACAUUCUUCGGUAUCACCGCCGGCGAUCACGCCUCUCGCAACUGGGAUACUCAAUUCAACAGUACAAAGCAAUGGUACGAGAAUCGUGAGGAGCGUCUCCGUAAUGAAGAAAACCAAAACCUAUCGCUCUCCGAGCGGGCUUUCGCCUUCGCCCGUCGCGAGCGUUACAAGAUUGUCGGUCUCACAUGGGUAGCCUCCAUGGUCGGCUCUUUUGCUAUUGUUGGCCGUAGCCCUUACCUUACUGGCGCACAGAAGAUUGUCCAGGCCCGUGUUUACGCACAGGGUUUGACUCUGGCUGUCCUGGUCGCCUCUGCUGCCUUUGAGAUUUCAGAUCAGCGUCGCGUUCGGGCAGAGAAGAAGGCCUUGCAAAAUGAUCUUGAUGACGUUCCCCACCAUUCUGCAAGCAAAGAUGACCCUGAUAUGUGGAGGGAUAUGGUUGAUGCCGAAGAACAGCGACUCAAGGCGAAGCACCUUUCGCUGAGCGUGCAGGACUCUCAUCACAGCCCACCUCAGAAGAACAAGAAGAAGGCCAAGACAGAGUCCAAGCACGAUUCUGAGCCUGAGGCUGAGAAGAGCGAGGCUGAGAAGACCGAGACCGAGAGUGAGAGCGAAAAGAAAGAAUAG